AUGCCCCCUCCGCCCCCUCUUUCAGCAUCGCGGUCGGGCCCCGGCCCGUCUCCUCGCGAGCGCGACGUCGGUUCCAUCAGGCCCGGGUCACCAAACCACUUCUACCGCGAUGCCGCGCCGCCGGGAGGCUACUACCAGCCUCCGCUCCGCUCCAUCGGCUCUGGCGAGGCGGCGUGGUCGCGCAGGUCGCCGCGGCUCGACGAGCGGUCGCUGCCACCCUCGGGCGAGCUGGGCGGGCAUCGCGGUUCCAUCCCGCGGACAGAGCGCAUGCCGCCGUCAGCGGGCGGCUACGGUCCGGCCUCGGCAGGUCCCUCUUCAUCCGGACACAAGCCCGACUCUGACCGCCUGCCACCUGUCUCGGCCAUUGAUCCAGCCUUGGCCGAGGCCCACCAGCCCGCGCCGAGCCACGACGCCUACGAGCGCAAUCUGCCGUCCGGCCGGGCGCAGGGCCCCCAGGAUUCCGUGCGUGCCGACGAAGUUGGCGGCGGCGGCGGCGGCAGCGGCGCCGCCCACGCGAGGAGCUAUUCGGCUCGCGAAUACGCCAUGGGCCGCGGCGGCAUCGACGGUGCUGCCCGAGCACCGAUGCGAGGCGACGACCCUCGCUCGUUUGCCUCGCGCGCCGGCACCAACGGAUUCCCUCCUCGUCGGGGCUCGGGCAACGCCACGGCGCAUCCCUACACCUACGACGACGGCUAUCCGUCGCAACCGGCCCCUUUGCCGGCAUCCGCAUCGUCCGCACAGCCGCCGCCGCCACCGCCGCCACCAGGGGUCCGGCGGAUCGCCAGCGACGCCCGCGGCUACCCCGACGCUCCUUACGACGCAGAGCGCCGGGAACCAUUGCGACGGGGAGGCGAGACACCACCUCCGCUGCCGCCCUCGUCGCGGCCGCUGAAGCGCAAGCCCUCGUUUGACGAUGGGCCGGCGCCGCAGCGUCGCACCAUGUACGACCCGGCGGGCGUCGCUCCGUCGAGGGAGCGCGAAGCACCGCGCGACUAUCACUACCUCGACCGCCCUGCGCAGCCGCGCUCGUACGCCAGGGGCCCCAGUUCGCCGGAGCGGGACGUGCGAGCGCCGUACCCGCCGGCGUACGAGGCGUCGUCCUACCCGAGCCUGCCACCUCGGUACGCAGGCGACGUCGAAGAUCCUCGCUACUCGCCUCGCCACCGUCCGCGCUCACCCCUGCCCGCGUCCGCGCUCGGCCCUUCCGCCGCCGCAGUAACAUCCUCGGACAUGUACAAGGGCGGGCGGUACGGGCAACACUACGACGCAUCCGGGCCGGCAGCACCGGGCGGAUACAUGGACCGACGCAGCGGUGGCCGCUACAGCCCGAUCAACUCGCCGUCCUACGCUGCCCGCCGGGCGGUGCCGGCGGCGUCGAUGCCCCCGGGUGCCGCUGGUAGCCUCCCGCCCCCUCCGCCCGGCGCCGACUACUACGGCAGCAGCGGACCGCCAGCGCCGCGCUCGGGCUCGCUGCGACACCGGUCGCCGCCGUAUGCCCCCGACGGCCGGACCUAUGCGCCCCUCCCGUCGUCUGCGGCGGCCGGGCAUCCGCACGUCCGCGGUCGCCGCGGCUCGCCUCCGGUCGAGGCCAUGGUGCGACGCUCCGUCAGCCCGGUCCCCGCCAUGCACAUGUCCAAGGAGGCCUUCUACCCCGACCGCCGCUUCUACUACCCGCGCGAGCGCAUCGAGGACGUCGAGAUCGACGAAUACUACCACGACGGCGCCGGCCGCGCCCGGAUCCCGAGGGGUCCCCCGUCGCAGUACGCACCGGCAGCGUCGGCGGGCCCACAUCCCUACCCUUCGUCGCAGGACCCCUAUGGCCCGUCGCCCUCGGCCUCGUUCCUGACGCCGCCCGCGCCGCUCGGCGCGCAUCAGCCCGGUUUGCGCGGACACCCGGCCGCCAUCCCGGUUGUCGUGCCACCGUCGCACUCUUCGGUACCGUCGGCUCACCACCAGUACCACCCGCAGCACCACCAGCCCCCCCACCACCACCAUCCUCACCACGACCCGCGGCACUAUGGUCACGGGCACGGCGGCGGGCUGGCCGACUACGAGAUCCGGCACGACCUGCCACCCCCCAACCGGCCGCACUCGGUGGUGGGCGUGCCGCCUGUGCCCCUGCACGUGCCCCCGGGCCCGGCGUCGGGCAUCGCGCCGCCGCCUCGCCGCCGCGGCAAGCUGCCCAAGCCCGUCACGGACCUGCUCAAGUCCUGGCUGCUCGACCACGCCAGCCACCCGUACCCGACCGAGGACGAGAAGCGCUCCUUGUGCAGCAUGACGGGCCUCACCCUCCAGCAGGUGUCGAACUGGUUCAUCAACGCUCGCAGGCGCAUCCUCCUCCCCGGCACCAACGGACAUCCGGGCGGCGGAGCCACCGCGGAGCAGGUCCACGCCGCCUUUAGCCAGGACUCGGGCAGCGAGGGCUAG